AUGUCCGGCGAAUCUAGCGGCUCGUCCGCUCCCUCCGCCUUAGGGGUAUCACCAAAUGCGAGUGGAAUCCAUAGCACCAAUAGCUUGAGACAUGAUCAAGCAACAACAGAAUCCGAAAGCAAGGCUACUCUAACCGCGAAUCUGGCCCAAAAUGAGCCCCUACAACGGAGGCAUAGACCGAGGAGCUCGGGAGGGUUCCUGCUACAGACAACCCCUGCUCCUGCUUCGGAAACAAGACUCUCCUCGUAUACGGAACCAGAUACUACUAGAGAUGUGAAAGGGAAGCGGAAGGCUGAGGAAGGGGACUUAGUCGUGCCUAAGCGUGCAAGCGCUCAUCAGAGACACCGCCAGAAACCUUCUUUGGGAAGCUCACCGCUAGCUACCGAGGUCAUCAACGUCCAUUCAUCGGAUCAUACAGAUAAAAAUGGAGCUUUCCAGAGAGACAAGCAAUUUUCAGUACAAUCGGCUGCUAGGCAAAGCAUGCGCUCAAGUCUCAAUAGCAAUGGUACAUCUGCCGGGUCUGCCACUAGCACGGAUCCAGUAUUGCUAUCAAAUGGGAGAAGCGCCAUUGGCCAUGAUACAGACCCUGCCCAGAUCGUCACCCUGGCGUUGAACCUCAGCGAAAGUCGUCGCAGGAACUUCAGCAGUGGUGGCCUACUCAUACCUCGAGAUGCAAUUGGAGCCCGGCGUAUCAUAUCUUCGGGACAGCAAACGCUCGGGCUACCUAACAGCGCAAGCGGAGGAAGUCUACGCCAACAUUUGCAACAGCAGAGACAGGUGUCAAGGAAUAUAUCGCCAAAAUCAGGCAGAUCUUCCAGCAACAAAGGGUCUGGAUCCGGUUCACCACACUCGCAGAAAGAACAGGUUGGGAACAGGCACUCUACACUAUUGCCAGAUUAUGACGCUGGGGUGGCCGAUGAUGUCGUCUUCGAUGCGUCGGAUGCUACAUUCUCACGCGCGAACAAGGCAAGAGUCGCGAUAGAAUUGAUGUAUGAGUACAGAAGGCUACUGCAGUAUCUUCCUCCAAUACCGACAAACUCUAAGAGCAAACCAGCAACGAGCAAAGGUGCUGCAAAGCACGAAGGUGAGCCAUCGACUGGCCUUGGAAGACUCUACAAUCCACUGCAGUAUAUCCGCAACAGAAAAGUUCGAUUUCGUGAAAGACGACCUCUGGAUGCUGAAGCAGCUGGGUGGAAAGACCUCGACCGAGUAAAGAUCUGGGUAGAUACAGUUGCAAGUGAGCGAGAAGACGGUGUCUCUCGUAUCGACCAACGUUUCCCCUUGCCAUCCCUGGACACAAUUAGUGGCGAGUAUCCUGUGGCCGAUGGCUUAGAGAUUUCGCGCGUUCCACUUUCGGCAGGCUCUCAAAUCAGAAAAGUCGAAAGACCGCGUAUGGAUUGGGAAUUUACUUCAUGGGACUUGCUUGCGGACGCGCAAUGGCUCACCCAGGAUGACAAUCUCGAUCACAUAGAAGAUCGUUCGGGCAAGAAGAUUACGACAGGUCACCCAAAUCGUAAAGACAAUACGCCGAGAGCAAGUGUCGAGUCGAACAGAAGCUCAGUGCGACGCUCCGAGAGUAUUGUCAGAGAACAUGCAUCUCCCGAUAGGGUUCGAGCAUUGGCCGGUCACUCCCGUAAGGAUUCCAAGGACCGAGGACGUCGAAGCUUAGACGUGCACGAGCAAAGAUCACCGUUGUCGGAAGACAAUGGUUCUCGGGAUCGUAAGUCCAGAUGGCCAAAGAAGCUCGUUCGAUCUCGAAGCUCCUCAGACUCGGACGAUUCUCACCGGGAGAGCCGCCGCAAACAAAACCGUGGCCGUGAUUAUGCUGGUAGCCGUGAUAAUCUUGAGAGUGCCGCGUUGGAGAAGCAGAUGAUGGAAAUGCUUGCUAAGGAGGUGGAAGCUAGCCGUCAAGUUGACCAGAGCCCGGAAGAAGACACAGAUGCGACGGGGGAGCCUGGUCUGAAGCCUCAUGAUGGCGGGAUGAGGGACAAAUAUAGGCAUCGAGACGCCAAACCUCGUCCAAGUGCUCCCCAACGAAUGACAACCGACGUGCCCGUUAUAGAAAAGCGUCGAAUUGCAGCCAGGGCAAGUCUCGACGAAGACCGAUUUCAUUAUCAUCGCAUGCCCUCAGAUGACCUCGAUCCGACAGCGCCUAACUCUCCUACGGCACCUGGAUUCGUUCCUAGCAUCUCAAUUAACCUAUCUCCGCCGGCAAGCCCACCAUCGGCGGUAGCCUCACCUAAGAAAACGUUGACAUCUCGAAUGGGAUCUUCCCGGCGCGAUCGCUCUCGGAGCGUCAAUAGGCGAACUAUUGGCGAGAACGAUCCAGACUCAAGUGGGAUGACCGAUGUGUCGCGGCAGACUACUAACGAAUCUCAACUGGCGAACAUGUUACGCAAGGAGCAACCAACGGGAUCAAGCAAUGGAUUACUCACCCCAAUCAAGACUGAAGCUGCAGGCAUUAAAUACAGGCCUCUAGAUGGCAAUUCCAUUAGAAGCAUCAAGAACAUCAAUGGAUCCGACUCUAGGCUCCGAGGACUUUUCAAAGGCGGCAGGAUUGCAGAGCUGGUAGGCAGCGAGGUCUCUAAAGUUGGCGAUAUGUUAUGGAGAAAAGACAACAAUCAUGCUUCUCGGGUCACUUCUCCAGCAUCAAGCUACGCAGCAUCUGAGGAAUCGGACAUGGACGAUGGUGACACGAGUGGAUUAGACAGUAGUCCAAAGAAUGACCUAUCUCGGACCACAACAAAAGAUGGAGGAGGAAGCCUGUCAAAAGUGUCUACAAACAGCGACAAACCUAGAUACUACAUGAGCAAUCUUCCAAGCUUUCGAUCGUCAUUCAACAGGGAUGAGCAAUCCGCUAAAUCCACUAAGGCUUCUCCGGAUCACGAUCACAUCACCCGUCAGCAGUUAGCACAACGUGAAAGAGGAAGGUCAAGCAGAUUUGAUCGUCUUGCGCCGCCGAAAAUUGAUCUGAGGGGGAUAUCGCCCCCUUCUUCUCGAGAACCCUCUCCAGUCGGGUCGCGGACACAACGAACAUAUGAUGAAGACUCUCGCCAAAGCAGUAGUAGCCGCUCAGAACGUGGAGUACGCAGUGCAGACAGAAGGCUCAACGCAAUGCUAAGUAUUCCUGGCAAAGCAGGGACUGGACGAGCUCCGCCCACUGGUCUCGCAAGUCUAGAGAGUAGGCCACGAGAAUUGAGAGGACGCCCGGACUUGGAAGGCAAACGACAAUGGAGCAUUUCCGAUCGAGGCGUCUCUACCGUACGCGGGACUGUUAAUAAGCGCGAUAUUGCUCGAGUCAGAGCUUUGCUGCUCUCGUCAGGAGUGAAAGCCAACGAAAUAUCCCGCCGAGCGGAGGAGGCCCCCGAAAAACCCGCACCCUUCCUUCAAAGGCUUGAGGACAUGUUCAAGGGUCCCAUACCACACGUCUCUCGGUCACAGGAGCCAUUACUCGCUGCAAGGAUAGUGAUCAGCAAUAUUGAGACAAAUACCCAGAGAUUGAGGGAUGAUGCUGAGCAAUUUUCUCACACCACGAUUGAGAAAUUGCAUGACCAGAUCAAUGCUAUCGACGAGCAUGUAACCCAUAAGCUCACACCCCUCGUGAGAAAUUCCGCGGAUGAUGCAGACGCCUUCAGCACAGAGCUUACAACUACACAUACCUUGGCCAUCAAACAGCUGAACGAUAGCAUAAACACUGUCCUAAGGCGACGCCGCCGGAGGUUGAGAUACCUGAGAAGGAUAGGAUGGGCGACGGUCGAAUGGACUCUACUAGGCAUCAUGUGGAUGGUCUGGCUAGUGGUGGUAAUUGUUCGGCUUGUCCGUGGCACCCUCGCCGGUUUAAUAGAGGGGUUGAGGUGGCUGUUUUGGUUGUAG